AUCAGUCUAAUAUUAUUAUUAAUUAUUUUACGUACUUUAAAUAAUCAUAAUAAAUAAUAAUAGUAAUAAUAUAAUAAUGGGUUUAUUGUUACCACUAUUUACUCGUUGUUGUCGCCGUUGUCGGCAGUCGGUACGCACGUACUGACGAGAUGCGUCUCUCACAGCGCUAUUAUUACUUGUCGACGUCGGUGUGUGGAUUAAACGAUUCGUCAGCGGGCACUCUACUUCACCCACACGACACGAUUAAGAUAAUGUUGUCUGACCAGUAAAAUGUCUAAGACCGUUUUCGAUACGCGCAGUUUGUCUGAAAAUCAGUCGUUGUUUCGUUAAAAUUUACACACUAGAGACAAAUUGUGACCGUAUACCGUGGACCACCAAUUCGUAGAAUUUCACUCAAAAUGUUUUCGGAAACAAUGUUUGUGUAUGCAGCUUCUGCAAUAGUUGUUCUAUUUACUGCUGUGUAUUUAUAUUAUAGAAAUAUUUAUAGCUUCUGGAAAAAAAUGGGAGUGUAUCAUUUGGAACCAACUUUUUUUUUUGGCAAUGCCAAAGAUCGUGUUCUUUUUAAAAAAUCAUUCCAUGAGUUUCACAGAGACUUGUACUUCAAGUUCAAAGGACAUAGAUAUGCUGGAUAUUAUCUUGGACGCCGAGCAUCAUUAGUCAUUCUUGACCCAGAAAUUAUCAAAUGUAUUAUGAUUAAAGAUUUUAAUCAUUUUACGGACCGUCAAACAAUGAAAUUUCGAACAUCAGAAUAUAUUACUGAAAUGUUGAUUAAUCUUAAAGGUUCUAAAUGGAAACGAAUGAGAGGUCAAUUAACACCAGCGUUUACUUCAGGCAAACUUAGAACUAUGGAGCAUCUCGUAGAUAUUUGUUGUAACAAUAUGAGUGAAUUUUUAAAUGAAAAUAUCAAAAGUGAACAUGGUUAUGAAUUGGAAAUGAAAGAUUUUUUUGGCAAAUUCACCUUGGAUGUUAUUGCUACUUGUGCAUUUGGAGUAGAAUCAAAUUCAUUGAAAGAUGAAAAUGGUGGUUUUGCUAGUCGUGUAUCUAAAUUUGCUAGCUUGAGUAUUAUAAAACGUCUAUCCCUCUACAUAGUACUACUCUUUAUGCCUGGUAUUGCUCGAUUUGUGCCUUUAUCUUUUUUUAACAUGGAAGUGAUACAAUUCUUAGCUAAUGUGAUCAAAGAAGCAAAAAAAUGCAGACAAUCCACCGGACAAAAGCGGAACGAUUUCUUGCAGUUAUUACUGGAUAGUGAAACUGAUUUGGAUAAAAAUGACAAAAACAAAUCAAAAGAUGAUGCAUUGACUGAAGCUCAAGUGGUUGCUCAAUCUGUAUUGUUUUUGAUUGCUGGGUUUGAAACAUCAAGUACAUUGUUGACUUUUACAUGUUAUGAAUUGGCAAUAAAUAAAGAUAUACAGAUUAAAUUAAGAGAAGAAAUAUGUUCAGUCUUAAAACGACAUAAUGGCAAAUGCUCAUUUGAAGCCAUGCAAGAAAUGCCUUUGUUAGAUAUGGUAUUGAUGGAAACCUUGAGAAUGCAUCCACCUGUCGCACAAUUAGAACGUGUCAGUACUCAAGAUUAUACAAUCCCUGAUUCCAACUUAUUAGUGAAAAAAGGUAUGACUGUUCAAAUACCUGUCAUCGGAUUACACUAUGAUCCAGAAUAUUAUCCAGAUCCUUAUAAAUUUGAACCAAAUCGGUUUUCGCCUGAAGAGAAAGCUAAACGUUCACAUUAUGUAUUUUUACCAUUUGGAACUGGACCAAGAAAUUGCAUUGGUUUAAGAUUUGCUUUAAUGAGUACAAAGAGAGGAAUGGUGCAUCUCUUAAAAGACUUUUCAAUUGAUCUGAGUAAUCAAAUGACUGUGCCUUAUGAAUACAGCAAAAAUUCAAUGUUACUCAAGGCAAAGGAUGGUAUUAGGCUGUCAUUAAAUAAGUUAAAUGCAUAGUAAAAACGGUUUGGCCAACUACUUAAUAUUUAACAUAUUUAUGGGCUGUGUUAAAUUUAUCAGUUAAUUUCUCAGUUUUAUCUUUUGAUAUUUUAAAUGAUUUUAAAA